AUGAGUGUUGUUCCAUAUGCAUAUGAAUGUUAUAAGUCUAGCGUACUUCAAUAUAAAGAAUAUACUCUCAGAAUUACUGAUAAUGCUUUAGUCAUACAUAAAGAAGGUGCUGAUGAAGACAUUACCAUCGGUCCUGGUAUAUUACCUAUCGAGCAACCAGAUGGUACAAUUGUUGAAACAGACUUAAAUCAAUACCUUCAAGCGUUACAGAAUCGUGUGACAAAAGUAGAGAAUAAUUACUUAGAUGCUCCAUUCUUCACAACUGAUAGAGAUUAUAU